AUAUAUAUAAACAACAAAAGAAAACCCAACAGCCGAAACGAUUUUCAGACAUUGCAAAAAAAAAAAAAGGAAACACUUUUUUGAUCUUUGUUUUUUCAGCUCUGUCUUCCUCUUCCCAGAUGGUAAGGGGAGGGAAGGUUGGUUGUAGAACCGAUUAUAAGAAAAAGGUUAGAUCGAGAUAUGAGGGUUCGGAUGAUUCAGAUGAAGAUUAUGUAGUUUCGGAGGAGGGAAAUGAAGAAUCUGAGGAUGCUGCGGAGGAUUAUUGUUCUUCCUUAGAUGAACGUGCAUCGGAAGAGAGUUUUGGGAGUUUUGUCAAUGAGGAGGAUGAGGAGGAGGAAGAGAAAGAAGUGAGAAAGGCUGUUAGGUCAAAAGCUAAACCGAUGUCGUCAGCAAAGGAGAGGAAGGUUGUGGAUAGAAAAUCACGAAAGCGGAAAAGUGUUUCAGAUGAAGAAGAGGAAGAUGAGGAUUAUGAGGAGGAGGAAGAGGACGAAGAUGAUGAUGAGGAAUUCACUCUGGAUGACGAAGAUUGUUUGGAUGAGGAAGAGGAAUUGACUAUGAAAAAGAAGAAAAACAAUAUAAAAGUUAGUAAGCAAGGUUUGCGGAAAAGGGGUCCUUCUAAACAUAGGAAAAAGAGGAAGAAGUCUGGAGUUUCUAAGAAGCCUUUGAGAAAAGCAGGAAGGAAGAAACGUGUGUUGAAAAGGAAAACGAGGGUUGAAGAAGAUGAAGAUGAUGAUGAUUAUUGUGAUUUUACAGACAACGCACCAAUUAUGAGAAAAAAGAGCAGAACAAAUGCAGGACGGAGAAAGAAGUCAUAUGUUGUACCAUCAGAUUCAGAUUUUGUGUCGUCUGGAUCAUCUGAUUAUGAGUAUACCAUCUCAGAGGAAGAGAGAGAGCAAGUGAGAGAAGCCAGCGAAUUGUGUGGAAGUUUAAAAACUAGUUUGAGGAGUUCAUCAUGCUCAAAGAGAAUUCUGGAGUUUGAGGAUUUAGGCCAGUGUAAGAAACCUCCAGGAAGAAAGGGAAAGGAGAAGAUAGAGGAGACAAAGGCUGAAGUAUUAAAGCAGGUUUGUGGCAUUUGUCUGUCAGAGGAAGAUAAGCGAAGAUUGAGGGGCACACUGAACUGUUGCAGUCAUUAUUUUUGUUUCACCUGCAUUAUGGAGUGGUCAAAAGUGGAAUCUCGUUGCCCAUUGUGCAAGCAAAGGUUUGAAACAAUCAGUAAGCCUGCAAGAUCAACAGCUGGAGUUGAUUUGAGAGAUGUGGUGAUCGAAGUGCCCAAGCGUGAUCAGGUCUACCAACCAUCUGAGGAAGAACUCAGAAGCUAUCUUGAUCCAUAUGAGAAUGUGAUUUGUUCAGAAUGCCACCAAGGUGGGGAUGAUGGACUCAUGUUAUUGUGUGAUCUUUGUGAUUCAUCAGCACACACCUAUUGCGUUGGUCUCGGGCGGGAAGUACCUGAAGGUAAUUGGUACUGUGACGGUUGCAGACCUGUUGCUCUUGGGUCCUCUAGUUCCCAAGUUCAAGACUCUUUGCCUGAUCAAAGGACAAUAAACAAUUUAUACAAUAGAUUGUCACCCAUCGUAAAUGUAGGAGAAAGUUUAGACCCCAUUGUAGUGCCUUCACCGCGUACUCCAUUACCUCCAGGUUUUGUGGGUCUUCCAUCUCCUAGAUUUCCUGUUGCAGAUAUUUCAGCUGUUUCUCCAGUAUCUGGUGCUGGAGCUCCUACUCUGACGGGAAGGCGGUGGUUACAUCGCCAGAUUCAAAAUCUACGUUCAAUCAAUAGGAUGAAUCUUAUGGCUGGUAGAACUGAUGGGAUAUCAACUACCAAUAUGGGCAUUGAUUUUGUAAACUCUCAAAUCGAUCAGGGUAGGGAAACAACAGUUCAACAAGCUAGGACACAAGAGAUGGAAACUCUGCAUCAAAGGGUCAUUGAGGAGAGGUUACAGGAUGACCCCUCUUCUUCACUACAAAGUAGGGACUUCUUUUCCUCAAGGUUGAGCCAUUUGAGAAGGCAAGCAGUGCAGGAUUCAACUACCACAACCUUCAAUACAUCUGUCAAUUUAACGUUAUGGCCUGAACUUGCGGGUAUCAGUUCAAAUGAGCAACUUCGCCAGUGCAGCAAUGGAUCGAACAUUGUGCCUGAUGGUUGUGGUUUGCCUUUUUCUGUUAGAGAUGAGGAUAAUUUUUCGAUGGCCAAGGAACAAUUGCAAGCAAUGGUUAGAAGCCAUUUGAAAGCCUUGUCCAAAGAUAUUGAUUUAGACAAUGGUACUUUCAAGGACAUAGCAACAAGUUCCAUGCACACCUUAUUAGCUGCUUGUGGGCUUGAACAUAGGAGGAGCGAGGCUCACAUUGUGCCUCCAUUAAAUUGUACACACAUUGAAAGAGUGGCAGCUGGGCAGAUGAGCUUAAUGAAAGGUUGUUGCUUAACUUGUUUCGAUUCUUUUGUAAAAGAUGUAGUGAAGAGGAUCAUGGAUACAAGAUCCCGGCAGUGGUUAAGUUUAGGUCUUUAGAUCUUCGAUGUAGUGAAUGUAUCCUUUCUGCAUCCUUUUCUUUUUUUUUGGUUAGGAGUUAGUAACAAAUUUUUUUGAAAAUCAUUUUUUAAGUUGAUUUAUACAGACAAUCCACUGACAUUGAGCGCAAAAGUGCUCUAUUCUCAUUUGAUCACCAUAAUAGAUUGUUUAGACUGGCCAAAGUCAGAAUUUUCUAGUA